AUGGUGUCUUACUGGAAAGUGUGGGAAUCACGUGAGCCUGAUAACAGUUUCGCAUUGCUGCCUUCUUACCUCUAUUGUAUAGGUCAGGCUUAUCCCGGAACCGUUACGCACCUCCAUCAGGAAGCUAAUAAGUUCAAGUACCUCUUCUUAGCAUUCUCAUUCUCUUUAAGUGGGUUCGCAUCCAUGCGUCGUGUCAUCAUCCUUGAUGCAGCUCCUAUACGUGUGAGAUUCGAGGGUUGCCUCCUAAUCGCAAGCUGCCAAGAUCCUAACUUUCAAGAAUAUCCAUUGGCGUUUGGGAUUGUUGACGAAGAUUGGGAUUGGUUUUUCCGCAUGCUCAAUACGGUCAUACCAGAUAGUGAUAAUUUGGCGUUUGUUUCCAAGUGGCAUUCCUCAAUUUGCGUUGGCAUACGCCGGGUAUAUCCUAAAUCCUCGCAUGGGGCGUGUGUGGUUUACUUGCACCGUGAGAUUUGCACUAUUUUCGACAAUCGUGAUCUUGCUGACCUUGUUUCUGAAGCUGCACGUGCAUAUCGUGUAGACGAGUUUCAUGCAGCCUUUGACGAGAUUGGUAGGAUUGAGCCGGAGUGUGCAAACUAUCUAGAGGGGAUAGGGUUUUGCCAUUGGACGCGUUCACAUUGCAUGGGUAACCGGUUCAAUAUUAUGACGUGUGAUGUUGCCAAAUCUGUUAAUUCCGUCUUAAAGGAAGCAGGAGAAUUGCCCAUAAUACCGCUGCUGGAGUUUAUCCAAACAACCUUGCUGACAUGGUUUGCAAUGAGGCGAGAGGCUGUGAUAGCUGAGACAUCUUCAUUUCCUCCAAAGGUUCAUGAAUGGAUUUGCCAAAACUUAAAGAUCUCCGAGGGGUUAACAGCUCCGCGUGUUGACGCAUUUGAGUACUAUGUGAAGGGCGAUUUAAGACGACAUUCAUUCCAUGUCAAUCUAAAGCGAAAGACAUGCACUUGCCGGGAGUAUAAUUCAUUGGGUAUACCAUGCUCGCACGCCAUAUGUGCCGCUGUGGCUGACGGCUAUGCGAUCCAUGAGCUUGUUGGUUUGGACUACACUACAGGCUAG